UGGCGAUUGUGACGUAAUGUUCCGGCCAAAUCACAGAAGAAAGGGAUGAGUAAUGGAUCCAGAGCUCAGCAUUGUAACCAUGUUAUAAAUCCAGUAUCUUCCACUACCUGAGGAGGUAAUUUCAAGGACAGUCCUGUCCACAGAGACCGUAUCCUAUUCUCCGAGCACCUAACUGACCUAGUGAAGAUGAAGAAGGACAGGAAUCAGAUGACGGAGAGGAUCCUGGAUCUGACUCUGGAGAUCAUUUACUUGCUGACUGGAGAGGAUUGCUUUGUGGUGAAUAAGUCCGGGGAACGUGUUGCACACAGUAGAGGUCCGCAUGUGUCUGACUGUUUCUCCAGGACCCAGAGCCCCAGCACGGUGCCCCCACCUCACUCACUGAUACAUGAGAGUAACAAUGAUGACAAGAUCCUGGAACUGACCAAUCAGAUCAUCCACCUGCUGACUGGAGAGGAGUGGGAGUAUUUUGAAGGAGACAGUGAUCUGUACAAGGACAUAAUGAUGGAGAAUCACCAGCCAUUAAUCUCAUUGGAUGGAUCAGUGGAUAGAACUUAUCACGAAGGAUUCCACAGCCCUAUCUCUUCAGUAGAUUGUUUUAAUGGAGAUAAAAGCGAAAACAAAAGAUGCCUAAAAACAAACAAACCACGAAAGAAACUCAAAAAGUUAUCAAAGAGGCCGGAGGACGAAUCCGCGCCAGAGGGGGUCAAUUUUGUGGAUACCAAUAUAUUUCCUUUCCCUGAACCACCACAGACAGAAUACACAUCAGUACAUGUUAAGGAGGAAUUAUCGUCCUAUGACGAGGAACAUCUCACAUGCACGGCCAUGUUUUCACCUACAGAGCAUACACAAGCCGAAUACAAGUCUACUCAGAAGAAGGAGGACCAUGUAUCAUGUGAAGAAGGAAGUUUCCCAGAGAUUUUUACAGCUACUGAAAAGACACAGCCAGAUUACAUAUCUACUUUUAUUAAGGAGGAACCAACAUCUUGGGAAAAUGGAACCCUACCGUACAGUGACAUUUUUACACCCACAGAACAUACACAGACAGAUUAUACAUCUAUUCGUAUUAAGGAGGAACCAACAUCUUGGGAGGAUUCAAACGCGAUCUACACCAGCAUUUAUGCAACCACGGAACAUACACAAACAGAAUAUCCAUCUACUCAUAUUAAGGAGGAGUCAGCCUCAUGUAACGAAGGACAUUUUGCAAAUACUGACAUUUUUACCUCCCUAGAACAUACACAGCCAGGACAUUCUUCUACUCCUAUGACAGACAGCAGCAGCAGCAGCCAAGGGAAUAUAAGUAAAUCUACAAUAAAUGACACUUUGGUUCUGUCAAAGAGCAGUGAGUAUGACAAAAACAUUCCUUAUAAAUCAGCGUAUGAACCUUUGCCAAAAGCACAGACAACUGAUCAAGUAUUUCAUUGUUCUGUUUGUCAAGAAUGUUUUACAAGUAACACGGAUCUUGUUAAACAUCAAAAUGUCCACAAGGCAAAAAAAAUAUCCUGCAACGUAUGUGGGAAAUUUUUCACCCGCAUCUCCCAUCUAGUCGUACAUCAGCGAAUUCACACCGGUGAGAAACCAUUUUCAUGUUCUGAUUGUGGGAAAUGUUUUUGCCAGAUCUCUCACCUAGUUAUCCAUCAGAGAAUACAUACAGGAGAGAAACCGUUCUCAUGUUUUAAGUGUGGGAAAUGUUUUACGCAAAGCUCACAUCUUGUUAAGCAUCAGAGGAUUCACACGUGAUUGGAGUUUUGUAUUCUAUAUUAACUUCUUGUAUUUUGAAUGUGAAUUGGCUCUCAACUGCAGCCAACCAGCCUGCUCACAUUCUGCCAUCACCUUAUAGCAAUCAUUCUGUCACCUCCAGAAUGUGGCUGGGGCCUCAUUAGGUCUUUUAAUCAAUUAAAGACUCCUUUUAUCUUUUUAUUUUGUAAUGCUCCCUUUGGCAGUGUUGAAUGAUAUGUGCAAUAAAUCAUUUAUUUAUUUAA